AUGAACGGCGCGUGCUUGAAUUUCGAAAACCCCAUCGAAGAUGCAGUUUCUAGGAUCCAGUUCGCCCCUCAAUCCAAUAAUCUCCUCAUUUCUUCUUGGGACUCUAAUCUUCGAUUAUACGAUGUGGAUAGUUCUGUGCUUAGAUUAGAAGCUCCUGCUCCCUCUCAAGUUGCGCUUCUCGAUUGUUGUUUCCAGAGCGAGUCUGUGGGUUUUACGGCUGCCUCUGAUGGUUCCAUUAUAAGGUAUGACUUGCAUUCAGGAACUAAUGAUGCCGUCGGAAAUCAUCAAGAUAUAGCAACAUGUGUUGAAUACUCUAUUGAAACAUGCCAAGCAAUUUCAGCUGGUUUGGACAAGAAGGUAAUGUCUUGGGAUAUCCGCUUGGCAAAUCCUCUUGCACUUUUCACAAAUCUGGGUGCAGAAAUUGAGUCCAUCUCUGUCUCUGGGUUUGAUUUAAUGGUAGCUGUAGGAACAGCAGUGAAUAUAUAUGACUUGCGGAACUUUGAAAGAGCAGUUGAUUUAAAAGAAUCAUCUAUGGAUGUAGGGAUAAAAUGUGUUGCUUCAGUUCCAUAUGCCAGAGGAUAUGCAAUAGGAUCAGUAGAUGGACGGGUAGCAGUAGAGAUCUCAAAUCCAUUAAAUUUAAAUUCCACUAAAUACACUUUUCGGUGUCACCCAAAGACAAAAAAUGGAAAAGCACAUCUAGUGUCAGUUAAUGACAUAGCAUUCAAUCCACUCGUCGGUGGUACGUUUGUUACUGGUGAUAAUGAAGGCCACGUUACUGCAUGGGAUGCUCAAAGUAAAAGAAAAUUACAUGAGUUUCCUAGAUAUCCAAACAGUGUGGCAUCCUUAUCGUACAACCAUGUGGGGCAACUAUUGGCUGUUGCAUCAAGCUACACAUACCAAGAAGCUAAUGAAAUGGAGGUUGCUCCUCAAAUAUUUAUUCAGAACAUGGAUGACAGCUACAUUGGCUAUUCUCCUGAAGUUUCAAGCAGGAAAUGA